UGGGGAGCAGGCAGGAUGGGGCAGCAAUGCUAGGAUGCAGGUUUGUGUAAUAGUGUGGGCCCUGUUUGUUACUUGCUGCAUUUGUUCUGUACCAGAAUUUGAGGCUUGGGUGCCACUCCAGAUCUGGACAUACGGUACGUUUGUUUGAAGUAACCAGGAGUAAGAGUGUCUUAUGUAUUUGUGGUAAAGUAGGAUAUCUGAAAAUAGAAUCAAAAGCUACAGCAAACAGCUAUAACUCGAUCCUCUUGGUCAUGUGAUAGUUGGCAUGUAGCUGCUGAAAUCUCCACCUAUGAUAUUAAAGGGUAACUGGCCAGCUCUGGGUACUGCUCCUACAAGUCUCAGCAAGGAGGUGGGUAGAUCCUGCCAGGCAGGGGCCGGUCCUCAGGAUUUCUUCAAGCUCAAGGUGAAGGCAAGAAUGAAUACUGUUUCCAAGGAAGAAGCCAGGCUGUUUAAAGCUUAAUGACCUUGAGUCUGUACUUUGGCCUUUUCACCCGAUCGUUAGCAAUCAAGGAGUUUUUCUCAAAACCCAAGUGUAAUCAUAUCUUGAAGCCAGAAGACUGGCUCUCUGAACCAUGCACCAUAUUGCGGUUGGACAUGAGAACUGUGCAGUUGGACAUGAGAACUCUUACCUAGAGGUAAGAGGAGGGCAGCCUGCUCCUUCCAGAUGUUAAUCCACUGCCUGUGAAUUUGCUAGGCACCUGCCUAACACAGUACAGACUUCAAGAGGGUGUGGAUUGUGCAUUAUAGAUUAUUGUAUUUUAUGAAUAAGUGGUUCAUACUCCUUUUAUAUGCUUUUUCCUUUUGUUUGCAUUUAUGUUCUAUUUUGAUUUUGUCUUUCUGGUUUUUACGUCAUUUUCUUUACAGUUAGUUUCUUAGUUUCUUCAGUUACUUGUAGGCCUACUUAAUCUUGACAUUUUCAAAAUCAUACUGUUUUCACUUUAAUUACAGUAACUGAAUUACAGCAAGUUCAUUAUACAUGUUCUUUUAGUGUUUUCAGCUGUCAUCGAUUAUAGAAUUUCUGUCUUGCUCACGAUUAGGAUUAGGGGUAGGUCUAGUGAGUGCUAUAUAUGUGUGCAGGCAGCUUCCAGCAGCAUAGGAGUUUGGGAUGGAUAUGUGCAGCAGAACCUGAAUCACUUAAGGCUGUCUGCAUGGUCCAGGGAAUCUCAUAGACUUGGGUUCAGAUUAGGAUUAGGUUGGAGUUGUCAUUGGUGUAAUUUUCAGUCUGUAGCCCCAUCAUGUAUCCUGUGCUUGAGUUCAGACCAUGCGUGGUGAGCUGCACUUUGAUAUCCAAAAGGCUGGCACCUUGCAUGGCUUCACAGCCUGGUACAGUGUGCGGUUCCGGAGCAUGGAGGAGGGGCAGCCGCAGCAGGUGAUCAGCAAUGGCCCACGGCAUCCCACUACCCAUUGGAAGCAAACCUUGUUUAUGAUGGACGACCCAGUUCCAGUCCACAUAGGAGGUGUGGUCACAGGCUGUGUUGUGUUGCAAAGAAACCCAGUGUGGAGAAGGCACAUGUCUGUCACUCUGAGCUUGGCUAUUACCUCUGGUCAAGACCAUACAUUUCAAAAAAUUGGAGAGAAAGUCUUUCCUAUCUGGAGAUGACAGUGAAGGCUUGCUUUGUAGGCAUGGUGUACAUCGUGAGGGGGUAAAGGUGCACCUGCCCACGUGCACACUGUUGUAACGGGCACAUGGCAUUCACUUCGUGCUAACAGCUCUCUGCCUGCAGGUGAUGUCAUGCCCUUCACAGACAAGCGCUUGGGCUCAACCCUAGUGUCGUCCGUCCCUCUAGAGUAGCCUGUGUGUGCAGCUAUUUGACUUGUGGUGGCCCCUGUUCACCCAGGGGUGGUUGUAGUGUCUGUGUUCCCAGCUAUGUGUAAUUAUAGACAUCUCGGACACAUGCAUGUCAGCCUGAGUACCUGUACCUGUGGUGUCCACACCUUGUGCCAGUUGUCUCCUUGCUGCCCUUACUCAGCCACUCCCCCUGAAACGUGUAUGGUGCAGAGUUGUGCUGUAGCUGUGUAUGUGGCAGGCACCAAAUGUCUAUGGCUCAGUGGAGCGGUUGGCAGCAAGCAGUGCAUGUGACAGGCUCUGCAUGGGCAGUGAAGUGUGUAAAUGUCUUUUAGGUAAAUUAUGUGUGGGACAUAUUACAUGCUCAAUAAAUAUUUUUUAAUGAA